AUGUCAGCACUGAUAUCUUCCUCUCUGCUGAGGUCCUGUGCUCGCAGCCUCAGGUCUGUGGAGGGACUUAAACACAGCAAGACUUGGAAUAUAUGCAGCAUAAACUUACUCCAGAGGUGCAGGUAACUUUGUGUUAUUCUUUCAGAUGAAGAAGGAUUUGCUUCAGUCUAUUUGACCUACAUGCCUUUUCUUCAAUCCCAUUUCCAGGUCUCUCCAUGUGGACUGCCCUCCUCACAUUCCCUCUCUAACCACCAGCUAUGUCCAUGGCACCUCCUCGGUCUCCCUGCUCCCCCUGACCGUAGGUCAGAGCCUGGACUGUGCCGUCCAGCGCUGGCCUGACCGUGAAGCUGUAGUCUUCCUGCAGGAUGGUGUUCGUAAAACCUUUGCACAGUUUCAGCAAGAUGUGAGUGUUGGAUUUUGAGGGCUUUAGAAAAUCCUACCCACAAAAACUUUAAAACAAGAGCUGCAAAUGGAUACUUCAUUAUGCCAGAAAUUACGGUUUUUGGGGGAAACACUUCAUUUAAUUUUUCUUGUGACAUCCUCUGGUGCAGGUGGACAAGGCGGCUGCAGGACUUCUUGCUUUGGGCCUAAAGAAAGGAGACCGAUUGGGAGUCUGGGGACCCAACACAUAUGAAUGGAUCCUUUUCCAGUUUGCUUCAGCCAAGGCUGGGAUAAUACUGGUCAGUGCGGGAGCUCUUUAUACUUUUAAAUUUCCUUUUUGCCUUAUUGGUCCUCCAUCUGAAAUUCCAAUCUCUGCUAUCCCACUGCAUACUCCUUCCAGACACAUUGUGGCGUCCCAAAGAGUCACAUACUGAUGCUUUAAUGUCGGCUUUGCAACUAAUUCAGAUGCACAGAAUAUCUUUUUGUCAAACAUCUUCACUUCAAGUAUCAUUAUCCACAUUAUAACUUCACAGGUGUCCUUGAACCCAGCCUAUCAGGUGAAGGAGGUGGAGUUCACCUUAAAGAAGGUAUCCCCGAGGAUUAGCCUUGAACAUAUGAAUUAUCUCUUUUUUCCACACAGACAAUAACAGGACUGAUCUGUUUUAUGCAGGUGCAAUGUAAGGCCGUGCUCUGCCCCACUCGCUUUAAAACACAACAUUUCUGUGAGAUGCUGAGAGAAAUCUGCCCGGAGAUCGACACAACACCAGUGGGCAUGCUCAAAAGCUCCAGGUUUGACUGAGCCCGAAUCUAUAUUUACAUCUCUACAAUCUCUCUUCUCUUAUUUUCAUGGAGGUAAAACAAAGAUCUUGUCUUUGGCUCCCAGGUUGCCUGACUUGCGUUUGGUGAUUCUGAUAGAUAGCAGACAGCCAGGGAUGCUCCAUGUAGAGGACGUGAUGCAAGCGGGAGAGACUCAGCACCAUAGAGAGCUCAUGGAUCUGCACAAGAAGCUGUCUUUUGAUGAUCCAAUCAACAUCCAGUUCACAUCAGUAAGCUGUUCAUGACCUCUGCUACUUAUAAAGACAGAGAAAUGUGAUGUUUUGUAGGUCUGAUAAACAUUCAGAUGAAGUGCUGUUUGUUUACAUGUUUCAGGGGACUACAGGGAGUCCAAAGGGAGCAGCUCUUUCCCACCAUAAUAUUGUAAAUAAUGCCUACUUUAGCGGCCUCCGAGUGGGUUAUGGAUGGAGGGUAGGUCCAGAUUUGUGGUUCGAUCAAACUUAAAUAACCUGAAUUUUACCGACCUCUGAGUUAGCCAUGGAUGGAGAAUAGGAACUUAUUUGUAAUUAGGUCAAAUUUGAGUAAUCUGAAAUUUAACGUCUUGGUUAGCCUCAGGUUCGAGUAUGCCUGCCAGUUCCCAUGUAUCACUGCUUUGGCUCUGUCAUGGGGGGGAUGUGCAUGGCAGUGCAUGGUAUCACUCUGGUUUUCCCUUCCCCUGGGUUCAACAGUCGAGCCAGUCUGGAGGCCAUUCAGAGCGAGAAGUAUGUCAAUCUGCAUUUUAAUAACGUAACAUUGAAAUACUCAGACUUACACGACUGUCACUCCUGUUUUUGUUUCUCUCUCCAGAUGCACUUUUGUCUAUAGCACUCCUACAAUGUUCUCAGACAUGCUAGGACAACAAGUCCAACAUAAGUAUGAUGUUUCAUCAGUCGAAGCUGGUAAGAGAUUGAAGACUCACGGCCACAUUAGUAUGAGACUGAGACCUCCUCAUGUACAGUAUGUGUUCCUGUGUUUUAGGUGUCAUGGGUGGUUCUCCAUGCCCAGCUGAGGUUGUGAAAAAACUGAUAACAGGCAUGAACAUGAAAGAGAUAGUGGUGAGUGCUUACUUGCCCUGUAUCUAAGAAAUAUUGCUGUGUAUUUGUCUAGCAUAUUAACAUUUGUGCGUUUGAUGUUGUGAUAGCUAGCUUACGGAACCACGGAGAACAGUCCGCUUACAUUUAUGGGUUUCCCACAAGAUAACGAAGAGCUGAAGACAGAAACUGUUGGCUGUAUCAUAAAUCACACUGAGGUAUGUGAAACCAUAGACUGUAUAUAGAAUGGACAGAGUCUGCCUCCUCGUUGAGUGAAGCCACUGCGACGCGCAGUCGCCGAGCGUCAUCACAGCGACUCUCGGCGACUGCACGGCCGAAUGCGCGCGUCGCUACUGCGCAACGCAGACUUCAGGAAAUGCAGAAAAAUCCCGGAAAUACCGAGAGCUUUUUGGCUCCAAAUCCGUAUACAGGCGGUAGGCGGAACCAAGUUGUCCAUAGUAUAUACAGUCUAUGUGUGAAACUCAUAGCAUAAAUUAUUAAAUACAUAUGAUCAUGGAGAGACUUUAACUAAAGCGGGUAUGUCUAGGCGAAAGUGGUGGAUCCUAAUACCGGAGAGAUCGUCCCUUUGGGGGCCUCAGGAGAGCUGCUGGUCAGAGGUGCCUGUGUGAUGUUAGGAUACUGGGACGAUCCCGAGAAAACCGAUGAGGUUAUCUGCAAAGCUAACUGGUACAGGACAGGGUAAGAAACUGCACCUACAACUCAUUCUACUUUAGACUUUCUGAAUAUUGCAAACGUUGUUGAAUUAACCAGGAAUCACUGGAUGUCAGUGAGUAACCGAAUAAUCUCAGACUGGAGGUUUGAACACGCAAACUUGUAUAUUUCUAAUGUAGGAUAUGGGUUCCACUGCUAACAAGGAGAUCAAAGCUGUUUUAAAAUGCAUUUUAAACAUGUAAUUAAAAAAACAUUUUCUCCACUUAUCAAAUCACGACAUUGCUUGUAUUAAUGUUACUUGUAUGUGUGAUUACUUACCCACAGUGACACAGCCAGUCUGAACAGUCUGGGGUACUGUCGCAUUGAAGGUCGCAUGAAGGAUCUGAUCAUCCGAGGAGGAGAAAACAUCUACCCAGCUGAGAUAGAGCAGUUUCUUUUUACACAUCCGAAAGUGCAGGAAGUGCAGGUGAGAUUUACAACCACUAGAGGGCAGUAAAAUCUGAACUUUAUUUUUCUUUUAAUUCCAGACAUAUUUUUAAGUUGUCAAGAAAACCUUCAGGUGUUUAGUUAUUAGUUUUUUUGUCAAGGUGGUAGGAGUGAAAGAUGAGAGGCUCGGUGAGCAGGUGUGUGCCUGCAUCAGGCUGAAGGAGGGCCAGAGCUGCAGUGCAGAGGAGAUCAGAGCGUUCUGCAAAGGCCAGGUAAGGAGUGAUAAAAAUACCCAUAAUGUGAAACACUUAAAGCACAGUUUGACAGUUUUUGUUCUGAUGAUUGUUUCUACCUUUUAGAUCGCUCACUUCAAGAUACCAUAUUAUGUUGUCUUUGUGGACAGCUACCCUCUGACUGCCUCUGGAAAGGUAAAUUACCUCAGCUCUUACAAUUACAUAAAUAAAUUGACUGUGUUUGCUCAAACUUAUGAGAACUAUGUAAUGUUUUAAUUGUAUAAGAUAAAUAAUAACAGCUUUUCUUUUGAUUUGAAACUUCUGUUUUUUUCUGACUUUCUAGAUCAAGAAGAUCAUCUUAAAAGAAGAAAUGGAGAAGAAAUUAGGCCUUUGA